UGACGUAAUGCAUAGGCUGGGUCGCGAUAUCGGACUGAGAUCGGAACUGAUUGUCUUACGAUCGAACCUAACUUGACGACAAAAUGGUGUUUUUUGAAGUAUGUGGACCAAAUGAAGCCUUAAUUAUAUCAGGAUGCUGUCAUUCAGAGCCAUUGAUGGUGUCUGGUGGAAGGACAUUCGUCAUUCCCAUCUUCCAACAAAGUCAAAGGCUUUCUCUUAACACAAUGACACUCAAGAUUGACACUGCAAAUGUCUAUACUAGGCUGGGUGUACCCAUCUCAGUCACAGGUAUCGCACAGGUCAAGGUUCAAGGGUCAAGCAAGGACAUGCUAAAGGCAGCUGCACAGCAAUUCCUUGGAAAGUCGGAGAGGCAGGUGGAACAGAUCGCCAUGGAAACACUGGAAGGUCAUCAGAGAGCAAUCAUGGGUACCAUGACAGUCGAGGAAAUCUACAAGGACCGCAAGAAGUUUUCCAAGAACGUAUUUGAAGUUGCUUCUUCAGAUUUGUUCAAUAUGGGAAUCUUUGUUGUCAGUUAUACACUUAAAGAUAUCCGAGAUGAAAAUGGAUACCUGAAGGCACUUGGUAUGGCCAGGACAGCUGAAGUUAAGAAGGAUGCUCGUAUUGGUGAGGCUGAGGCUAAGAGAGAUGCAGGAAUCAAGGAAGCAAGAGCAAUGGAAGAGAAGAUGGCUGCUACAUACCUGAACAGUGCUGAGGUGGCCAAGGCAAAGAGAGAUUUUGAGUUGAAGAAAGCAGCAUACGAUAUUGAAGUACAGACCAAGAAGGCUACCUCAGAAUUGGCUUAUGAGCUACAGGCUGCUAAGACCAAACAAGCUAUCAUGGAAGAACAGAUGCAGAUCAAGGUCGUUGAACGAAGUCAACAGAUUCAGGUCCAAGAACAAGAGAUUGCUCGCAGGGAGAAAGAACUCCACGCUACCGUCAAACAGCCAGCCGAAGCAGAGAAAUACAGACUGGAAACUAUUGCUAAUGCUAACAUGAAGCGUGUAGUUCUUGAAGCUGAAGCCGAGGCCGAGUCAAUCAGAGUGAAGGGAGAGGCCGAGGCCUUUGCAAUUGAACAGAAAGCCAAGGCCGAAGCGGAACAGAUGGCUAAGAAGGCCGAUGCCUGGAAGGAUUAUCAAGAUGCUGCUAUGGUUGAUAUGGUCUUGGAUGUACUACCUAAGGUUGCUGCUGAGAUUGCUGCUCCAUUGUCCAAGACUAAGAAGAUCACCAUGGUAUCUAGCGGCAAGGGAGAUGUGGGUGCUCAGAAGCUUACUGGUGAAGUUAUGGAUAUCAUGGACAGGCUCCCUCUGUUGGUGGAGAAUAUGACCAGCGUUAACAUCAACAAGGCAAUCAAGGCUACCAGAGUGUAAGCUUGGAUGAGCAGUGACCAACCCAGUAUGCAGUGUUCAGUAGAACCAGAUCAUAGUGUAUAUCCCUAUGUCUAGUCUCAUUGUGUAUAUUAAUGUCAGGUCAGUCAUUCAUUACCAUCACCCAAAACAAUGAAUGUCAUAUUUGUAUCAUUUUUAUCCCAUCAAUCUAUAUGUUAAUUCUGUAUGUAUUUAGCUACCGUUGAAUGUUUUAUUCCAUAAUGCGCGAGUCAAUUGGGUUAAAAUUGUAUGAUAUUUAUAUUUGUACUGUUUGAAAUGAAUGGUUGUUCCCUCAUAUUGUUAUAUAUUGCAUUUACAGUGCACCUGUUUUAUCAUGUACCUAUUAAAGUGAAUGGAGAUCUGAGAAUAGGGGAAUGGUUCAUAUUCAGAAGUGAUAUUCAAGCAGCUUUGAAAUUGAAUUUCAUUAAAGUGAUUUUGAUUGAAGUAUUUUGAGAUUACAUAUUCCGAUAAAUAUUCAAUUCAAGUGUAGUAUUGCUUUAUGUGCAUUGCUCAAGAAUUAUUGACAGUACCAAACCAAUAUAAUGAAGUAGUUGUCAUGUUCGAGGCUAUAAAUCCUCCAAAAGUGUUUAUUAUACAAUACAUGUACCAAAUCAAUAUUUGAACACUUUUCAAUGUACUUUGAACUGUCUUAUAUAAUGAUAUUACUUGUAUGAGGCUUAUGUAGUAUAUAUUCCCAGGUUGUGGACUUAAACCGGUUGUAGUUAUUACCUCUUGGAUACUUCAAUAAGUAAUUUUUUUCGGGUUAUCUCAGUCAUGAAUACAAAAUAACUUGGCCCUUGUAACAUAAAGCUUUGCUAUGAUCAUGAGGCUGAUUUCUGCAAUCAAUUGCAUAGGUCAUUGUGUAUGAUCAGUUGUAAUAAUCUGCUCUACGAUCAAUCACUUACCUUUAUGUUACUGGACCCAAUCCCAGAAAUCACUCCAUCUGUGUGCUUACAAAUAAAGAUCAAAACACUCAGCCAACAUUGCCUAUAGACUUUAUCCCUCUUAUCAAGAAUUGUACAUAUAUGUAUAUUAAGAUGUAUUUGAUAUUCCUAAAUGUUGUCUUUUAUACCUGUAUUAGAUGUUAGUCGAAACUGUUUGGAUAAAACUUGCUUACUCUAUAUUUUUGUUUCUUAAGCCAGUGUCUAAUUCUUUAAAUUCCAGAUUCUAUUCUAUAAAGUGAACUUCUUCCCUGGUGAACGAGUUGGUUUGAUCCCUUUAAAAGUUGCACAAAUUAUACCAUUUUAUGAUUAUUCCCCCUCCCACCAUGUGUCUUUCAUUCAGAAAGAAAUUCUUAACACUGUCAAAUUAAGAGAUAAUAUUCCUCUCAAAUUACUUAUAUUAUGACCUUUUCUUGAUAUGGGAAUCAGCAGCUUUGUUUGUUCAGUACACUGUCACAAGUACUUCAUUGCAUUAUUAUUUUAUUAUUUCAAUCAUCUAGAUUAGUUGAACAUUAUUUUGUUGAAUUAUUUUAUCAUUACAGGGUAGCUUUAGCUAAUUCACUUUCUUAUGUAAGGGGGAAAUACUUUUAACAAUGACCUAAUGAGAUUAUAAUAACCAUAGCUUCAAUUUUUUUUUCAUUUCUUUUGGAGAUACAUGUAGAAUGUAUCUGGUGAAUAUUAUACUCUACAUCUUUCUAAGUUUCAAGUAAUGUUAUAAACUUUUGUAACCUAUGCAUGUAUGAAUUUUAAAACACAUUUAAAUCUGUAAAACCAUUUUUAAUGUCAUGUUUGUAAUACUGGUAAUUGUUCAUGUAGUAUUGAAAAGACAAAAAAAAAUUAUAAUUAACUAUUGAUAUUUGAUUGAUGAUACACCAGAAUUCAUGGACAGAUUUAUUAAUUACUAAGGAGAUUUUCAAACACAUCUGGAGAGCAAUGAGGACAGUUCAUGAAGAAAGGAAGGAAAAUGCAGGUUGUAGGUGUGUGAUCCGAUCUUGAUCAUCUGUCUAUGAUGCAUCUUUGGGGCAAAACAUCCAUGUUAGUGCAAAUAGAAGAGCCAUCCUGAUUGGAUCUUGGUCAAUGUGUUCUGAAAAAUGCACAUGCAAUGAUUAUCUUGAUUGGUCUUUGUCAUUUAGCCAUUGUGGUAUACAGAGCUCUGGAGCCCGCAACACAUGCCUUUUUAGCAAUCGUUGUAUAACACUUUAAGAUUGAUUGCAUUGACUACAUCAUACAAUUAAUCAUAAAAAUCAAGCGUAGGAUUAAUUGCUAACCUUUGUGUUACGGGACCUUUGUGUUCCUAAUGCCAUAGUCACAUCAACGAUGCAGAUUCCAGACUGUUCAAAGCUGAUGCAUUAUUUCAAAUGGCUUGUCAUUGGUUGGUAUAGAGUCGGUUUCAUUGGUGUGACUAUAAAGCACAUGGCAUGAAUGAACCAUGGUCUGGGGUGUAGGCUUACAUACCAACAAUAUUGUGUCAUUUUGUUCUGUCGUUCGAGGACAGGGGUCGUUUACAAGAACUACCUUUGUCAUUCUCUCCCAUUGCUCCUCAGUCUUGUUUUGGUAUCUCUGUACCUCAUCCCAUGAUUGGAGUUUAAAUUGAGAAUUUGCAGAGCAUAAGGUCUACAAAAGUACCUUACUCAGGAAUUUAGAGAAAAAUGGAAGUUGGAAGGCUCUCUUAUAUUCUUACACACGAUUAUUUCAAUCAUCUUUUUCAUGAAAUUAUUAUUCAUCAUUAUUUUUCUGUCAUGCAAAUCAUUUAUCAAAUAGGUUUGAUUGAAUUUGUCAAUAAACUGUCAGUAGUUGUGAAAAUGUA